AUGGGCUCCUUGGACACCACUCAGACGUUCUGGUCGAACGUCGACAAGUAUCUCAUGACAACGGGCGUUCCUUUCUCUCCAGUUAUUAUCACGAAGGCUCGUGGCACGCGCCUUUAUGAUGCCAGUGGCAAUUCAAUUCUCGACUUUACAUCCGGCCAGAUGAGUUCCCUGCUCGGCCACUCCCAUCCUGAGAUCGUGGAAGUCGUAUGCAAGUAUGUCGCCGAACUGGAUCACCUGCUCAGCAACAUGAUUACCCCUCCGGUCGUCGAUCUCGCUGAGCGGUUGGCUCGCUUUCUGCCAGCCCCGUUACAAAAGUCCUUCUUCCUGAACACCGGAUCCGAGUCGACCGAGGCGGCUAUCAAGAUGGCCAAGUGCCAUACUGGCAACUUUGAGAUUAUCGCUUUCUCCGCCAGUUAUCAUGGUCUCACCCAAGGCUCUGGCUCUGCCACCUACUCAGCCGGGCGUAAGCGGGGUGGACCUUGUACGCCUGGCCAGCUCGCGUUCCCUGCCCCAUACGCCUAUCGCUCACCUUUCCGAAAGACCGAUGGCUCAUAUGACUGGGAAACCGAGAUGGACUAUGGAUGGUCCAUGAUCGACCGCCAGAGCGUUGGCUCUCUCGCUGCGUUUAUUAUGGAGCCCAUUCUAUCCACGGGGGGUAUCUUGGAUCUACCUAAAGGAUACCUGAAGCGCCUGUUCGUCGAGUGCAAGAAGCGCGGCAUGCUUACUAUCAUGGAUGAAGCACAGACUGGUGUCGGUCGCACGGGUCAAAUGUUUGCUUUCGAGAAUGAAGACGUGGUGCCCGACAUUCUCACUCUCUCUAAGACUCUCGGCUGUGGACUGCCCCUUGCCUCUGUGAGCACGACUGCUGAAAUCGAGCAGGGUUGCAAGGAAGCCGGGUUUCUAUGGCUGACAACUCACCUUAAUGAUCCCCUUACUGCCGCUGUUGGCAACAAGGUGCUCGAGAUCGUUGAGCGUGACAAUAUCUGCCAGCGUGCUGCUAAGCGUGGCGCUCAGCUGCGCGAGGGCCUUAUCAAACUCCAAGAGAAAUAUUGGUGCAUUGGUGACAUUCGUGGCCGCGGCCUUCUCCAGGGCAUAGAGAUUAUCUCUGACCCCAAGACACGGGCCCCUGGCUCUGACCUUGGCCAGGCUGUCUCCGAUCGCGCUAUGGCUUGCGGUCUCUCCUGCAAUGUUGUAAAUCUCCCGGGUAUGGGUGGUGUCUUCCGUCUCGCACCCUCGGUCACCGUCACUGCCGAGGAGAUUGAGGAAGGUCUUCAAAUUCUUGAUGAGGCCUUUGGGUACGUUUUGAAGACUAUAAAGGCCUAA